GCAAAGUGAGCAUCGUGCCGAAUCAGGAGUAGGUAUUUUUUUGGCAGAUUUCCUUCCUGUUGUUACGGGCGGUGUACGACGGUGACUGUGUUUUUAAAUUGCAAAAUUCGGCAGAGAUUUUUCGAACAAUCUUGGCCAAACUAUCGUCUUCCGGUUGUUGGUUCUAGUCGCGUCCGGUACAAAGUAGCCGUGAGUGAAAAUUUUGUCGCGUUGCCGCAAAUUUUGCGAUUGAAAGUGUUGUUUUUCUCGGUGUGUUGUUCCAAGUGAGUCCGUUCCGUCCUAGUAAAAAAGUUCCUCUGCCUUGCUGCCACAAAGUGGACUAAUCGAUUUUCUUAGACCGUCGUAUUGUGGAACCGAGUGUGUACAUAGUUUCCUUAUCCAAGAAGAGAAAAAUCGUAUUAUCCGUAUCAAUCGGACCGGUCUUUCCGGAUCAACCGGAAGCUAGGCCUGUGAGUGCCAAAAGAUACUACCAAGAGGAGUUUCUAUUGCGAACAUAAAAAUGCUACAGUUCAGCCCUCCGAUUGUCAAACGUCUGCUGGGGUGGAAAAAGGCUCCGGCCGACGAUUCCGUCGAAGGCAAAUGGUGCGAGAAAGCUGUUAAAAGUCUGGUGAAGAAGCUGAAGAAAUCCGGAGCACUGGAGGAGCUCGAACGGGCCAUUACGACUCAGAAUUGUAACACCAAGUGCGUUACUAUACCGAGAGCACGCCCAGCUAACGGCGAAAAUGGAGUUGCGCUAAGAAAGGGUCUUCCUCAUGUAAUAUACUGCAGACUUUGGCGCUGGCCCGAUUUACAGAGUCAAGCGGAACUAAAAGCGCUGGACAUUUGUGAAUACGCCUUUCAUCUGAAGAAGGACGAAGUCUGCAUCAACCCGUAUCAUUAUACAAAAGUCGAUUCACAGUCGCAACAACCGUUGACUAUCCUUGUGCCGAAGAACCUAUCUACACCUCAGGGAGGCGAAAACUCCAUUACCUACACCUUGGAUGAUUUGAGCAAUACCGUACCGGUUAACAUCCAGUACAACAAUGCACUGAACGACAACUAUGUGACCAGUCCGCAGCCAGCUACCCCGCAGCAGCAGCCUCAACAGUCACAACAGCAACACCAAACGACCGCCCCAUCCUACAUGGAGGUCACACUGGGUCAGCAGAUUCCGACCAACACUACGAUUAUGGACUCGGUGAACAUUGGCGUCGGCACGAUUCCCAGCACCGAAACGCCACCGCCCGGGUACAUGUCGGAAGACGGCGAUCCCCUAGACCAGAAUGAUAAUAUGACGGAUAUGUCCCGCCUGUCUCCUCCAAUGGACGCACAACCGGUGAUGUAUCACGAGCCCGCUUUCUGGUGCUCGAUUAGCUACUACGAGCUGAACCUGCGUGUCGGUGAAACAUUUCACGCUUCCCAGCCCUCGAUCACGGUAGACGGCUUUACUGAUCCUUCCAACUCAGAACGAUUUUGCCUCGGUCUAUUAUCCAACGUAAACCGCAACGAGGUGGUCGAGCAGACUCGCCGUCACAUUGGCAAAGGAGUCCGUUUGUACUACAUUGGCGGGGAGGUGUUCGCGGAGUGUCUCAGCGAUUCGAGCAUUUUUGUACAAAGCCCCAACUGCAACCAGCGGUACGGGUGGCAUCCGGCUACUGUGUGUAAGAUACCACCUGGGUGCAAUCUGAAGAUUUUCAACAAUCAGGAAUUCGCAGCUUUACUAUCCCAGUCCGUCUCGCAGGGUUUCGAGGCGGUCUAUCAAUUAACUAGAAUGUGUACAAUACGAAUGUCGUUCGUCAAGGGAUGGGGAGCAGAAUACAGACGACAAACCGUUACCUCAACGCCGUGCUGGAUUGAAUUGCAUUUAAAUGGUCCACUGCAGUGGCUCGACCGUGUCCUAACCCAAAUGGGCUCACCACGAUUGCCAUGUAGUUCUAUGUCAUAAAAGAAACGUUCAGGAAACAAUCCACAGCAUCAUUUUUCGCCGUGAUUGAAGCUGCAGAGAAACAAGGAAAAAUAUCAAACAAAAAAUCGUUCUAUUAUAUUAUUUAAGGAAUGCUAGAAUUUAUGAUUAAGAAAGAGAGAUUGUGAAUGAUUGAUACCAGUGUUUCUUUUGAGUUAGUUUUGUUUUAGCUUUUUGUAUUCGUCUGAUUCCUAAUCAUUGUUUUACUGUAAAAAGAUGAUACAAUCUGUAAGCUUCCUCCCUAAACGAUAGAACCGAUAGCUUAAAGUUUAUACCAAGUCGGAGAGGGACGCUAAUUGAGAUCCCUUUCAAAAUCAAACCAUACAAUCUGUACAGGUUACAAGAGUGCGUAUACUUAUAUUGACUAACGAUAUUUUUAAAAUGUUUUGUUGGCAGUACCCUCUAGUGUUUUCACUCGUUCAUAUUAUUUUGUAAGUAGCGUUUGUAUCUUCCUAAUUAACCGUACUUUUCAGACGCGUGCUCUGCUUUAAGCAUUAUUAUAUUGACAGGAUGAUGAAUCAAUCAAAUGUAGUUGCAUGAAUCAACAAAUUUUGUUUGAAAUAUAUUUUAUAAACCUGUUGAGCAAAUAGAAAGGGGAAAAAGAGAAUCGAAAUUGAAAAUUUCCAAAUUCAAAAUUUAUUGAUAAAACUAUACAUACAAAAAAAAUGUACAUCUUUUGGCACAAAACGAGGCAUACAUGCGCUCGCUAAAGGUGAAAAACCCUAUAGAUAAUAUUAAAAACAAACUGAAGCUAAUAAAAUUGGUAAACGACUGGUGAUUUUAGAAUUCGUGAGACGGAAAGAGGAACAUACACGCAAAGCAUGCGCAUACAUUUUUUUAUGCAGCCGCAUUACACAAUGAUGUAAAAGAAAACAGCGUAAUAUUUUCAGAGAAGGUUUAAAUAACGUUUUGAAAUGAUGAUACGAUUAAGAUUAUAAGGAACGGCGGAGAAAAUAAAUGGAAAAAGAGGAAGCAAAACAAAACGAAAUAUAAUGUGAAGCAUAUGAUGUUUGUGAUUUUUAUCCUUUUGUCUAAUAUUUCGUUUUUUGAAAAAGAAACGAUUGAAAACUUAGCAAGAAAAGUCUAGAGAUUAGUUGCUUUAAAUACAUAUACAACAGUAAAAUAA